AAUUGAUCCCCCCGCCUACAAGUUAUUUUUGACAUUGCAGGCCUCCCGAUUGGUAUAUAUCUCUCUGAAUUACCUGCGCUGAAGACAGCGCAAAUUUGGAGUUUACCGUUCGCGUUUCGACCUUCCUGUGAACUUCGACACACGCCCGAGGGCGAUGGUUAACAGUCUACGUUAAUUACUUUGGAUUCUAUUAUUUGGAACCUCGAACAAUACCCAGGAAACCGCGAACCGACACUGCUCAAUAUGCUCUCUGAGGAGGCUCGUCUCGAGAUCAACCUCGACCGAGGCCUCUCCCCUCAAGUAUUCGGAUGCCCACACGUCAAACAGCUUUUGGCCUCUGCAUCCAAAGACAUUGCUAUCAGGAGCUACAAGCAGGCUUGCCGAGUUGCCUUCCAACUACGCCACAGAGAUCACGACAUUUCUGCCUUUGAGGUUCGAAGGUGCCGAACGUGCUGCGACCUUCUGACAAGUACCUUCCUAUGUCUCCAAUGCCCCUUCGUUGGCUGCAGACGACUUCGUCAUGGUGAAGCCCACCACUCCGAUUCCGGCCAUAUGUUUGGCGUCGACUCUCGUACAGCUCACAUGUACUGCUUUGUUUGCCGAGACUACAUUUUCAACCAUCUGUUGGAAAAUAUUCGCAUUAACACAGAACGUCUCGUCAUCAAGAGAGCGGCACUGAAUAAGAAUGGCGUCAAGAAAGACGCCAUCACGAAAGAAGACGCCGCUCUGGUGGAGAUGAACGCAAAAAUGCCACCCUGUCGAGCACAGUCUGGUCUACGAGGGUUCCAGAACAUGGGUGCUACCUGCUUCAUGUCCGUUAUCCUACAGAGCUUCAUCCACAACCCAAUUAUCCGGAACGAUUUCCUGUGCGGUGGUCAUAACAGCAAGACCUGCACGCGUGAGAACUGCCUCAGCUGCUGCAUAGAUGAGAUCUUCACAGAGUUCUUCUCUUCUCCAUCGACAACAGGCUUUGGUCCAGCGAAUCUACUCACGACAGCGUGGAAAACUCAAAAAUCUCUCGCGGGAUACUCAGAGCAAGACGCGCAUGAGUUUCUCCAGUUUGUCGUUGACCAGCUUCAUCGUACCUCAGAUCGACAAGCUCUAUCUCAGCAAAGCGACUAUUGCGGGUGCAUCGUGCAUCGCACCUUCUGCGGACAGCUCCAGAGCGACAUCAUCUGCCCGAACUGCAACAACGUGACGGUGACGGUUGAUCCGCUAAUGGAUCUGAGCUUGGAGCUGAGAGACCGCAAGUCGGCAAACGCUAGCAGGAUUCUAAGUCUUCAGGAGUGCUUGGAAAAAUUCACGAGUCCCGAGAGGCUGGAAACGAAAUACAACUGCUCAUUCUGCUCGACUCGACAGGAAGUCACAAAGCAGCUGAAGAUCAAGCGGUUACCCCUGGUUCUAUCUAUUCAGCUGAAGCGUUUCGAACAUUCUCUCAAAUCGAACAAGAUCGAUGAUCACGUUCCAUUCCCAGUAGAGAUCGAUAUGACUCCAUAUACCACGCGCGAAAGAUCCAAGAAGCGGUAUACUUACGAGCUGCUUGGAGUCGUGUGCCACCAAGGGAAAAUCAAUACGGGUCAUUAUACCUGUUCGAUGAAGAACCGCGAGGGACUGUGGUUCAAUUUCGAUGACGCUAUGGUCACUCUGUCCAGCGAAAAGCAAGUACUUGCAUCCAGAGCCUACCUCCUGUUCUACAUUGUGAAGGAUCUGGCAACCAGUGAUAGCAUAACGCCCAGCAAUGGUUACUAGUGGGCGAAUUUUAAUAUUAACGAAUGUUUUUUAUGAAUGAACU